AUGCCCUUUAAAAAAAACCCCAAAAACACGAGAGGCCUGAUGACUGUUUUAUUGUGUUCAGAGUGUCUGCUUUUGUUUAAAUUUUGGUCAGUAGAGAGUGAUGGACAUAAAAGAAGAAAUGUUCUCAUAUCUUGGCAAGAGUACGUCCUACCCACUCUUUGUUUCCCACAGGAGCCUCCAAGGUCAGGUAUUGCCAUCAGGGAGUCGGCAAAGGUAGUUGACCAAGCCCAGAGGAGGGUGUUGAGAGGAGUCGAUGACCUGGACUUUUUCAUAGGGGACGAGGCCAUAGAUAAGCCCACGUAUGCCACAAAGUGGCCAAUAAGACAUGGAAUAAUUGAAGACUGGGAUCUAAUGGAAAGGUUCAUGGAACAAGUGAUUUUUAAAUACCUUCGAGCUGAACCUGAGGAUCAUUACUUUUUAAUGACAGAGCCUCCACUGAAUACACCAGAAAAUAGAGAAUAUCUUGCAGAAAUUAUGUUUGAAUCAUUUAACGUGCCAGGACUCUACAUUGCAGUUCAGGCGGUGCUGGCCUUGGCUGCAUCUUGGACGUCUCGGCAAGUUGGCGAACGCACGCUAACGGGGAUCGUCAUCGACAGCGGGGACGGGGUCACUCAUGCCAUCCCAGUGGCAGAAGGUUAUGUAAUUGGAAGCUGCAUCAAACACAUCCCGAUUGCAGGUAGAGAUAUCACCUAUUUCAUUCAGCAGCUGCUAAGGGAGAGGGAGGUGGGAAUCCCUCCCGAGCAGUCAUUGGAGACCGCAAAAGCCAUCAAGGAGAAAUACUGUUACAUUUGCCCGGACAUAGUCAAGGAAUUUGCCAAGUAUGACGUGGAUCCCCGGAAGUGGAUCAAGCAGUACACGGGCAUUAAUGCGAUCAACCAGAAGAAGUUCGUUAUAGACGUUGGCUACGAAAGAUUCCUGGGGCCUGAAAUUUUCUUUCACCCAGAGUUUGCCAACCCAGACUUUAUGGAGUCCAUCUCGGAUGUCGUUGAUGAAGUAAUACAGAAUUGCCCCAUCGACGUGCGCCGCCCGCUGUAUAAGAAUGUCGUUCUCUCAGGAGGCUCCACAAUGUUCAGGGACUUCGGACGUCGACUGCAGAGAGAUUUGAAACGAGUGGUUGAUGCCAGGCUGAGACUCAGCGAAGAGCUCAGCGGUGGCCGGAUCAAGCCUAAGCCCGUGGAGGUGCAGGUGAUAACGCAUCAUAUGCAGCGCUAUGCGGUGUGGUUUGGAGGCUCGAUGCUGGCCUCAACUCCCGAGUUCUUUCAGGUGUGCCACACCAAGAAGGACUACGAGGAGUAUGGCCCCAGCAUCUGCCGCCACAACCCCGUCUUCGGAGUCAUGUCCUAG